UAUGUGUCUGGCCGUGUGAAGCCCAGCCCACUAUCUCCCGAGCCCACUACCAGCGCUUUGCUUCGGCGCCUUUGGGGGCUGCUUCCGCCGCCAUGGCGCCGCCGCGGAGCCUUGCCGCCGCCGCCCUCGUCGCCACGGCCGCUGCCGUCGUUCUCUCAAGCCUGCUCUACAGGCGAAAAUGCGGCCGCCUGGCCGCGCGGGUCCGGGAGCUGGAGGCCGCGCUGGCGGUCGCCGCGGAGAAGGCCGCCUCCGAGCGCCGCGGCAGGGUGCGCGCCCAGCAGUCGUUGAGGAGGGCUCUGAGCGAACAGGAGCCCCGCCCCGACGAGGCGAGGCCGGUCAAGGCCGCCGCCGCCGCCGCCCCGGCAUCCUACCCGAUGGCGCCCAUCGGCACUGUCCAGUCCUGCUUCUCCACUAGGAAUGGUACACCAAGGCAGCCUUUGGUUGUGACGCUGGCCAGGGCAACUGUGGCGCUUGAUCCAGCUCGAGUCCCGGCAGCAGCGCUGGAGGGACUAGCUAGUUACUCGCAUUGCUGGAUCCUUUAUGUUUUCCAUCUGAACACAGAUCUUGACAAAAUGUGGAAAGAUCCUGCUAGGUCCAAGGUAAAAGCAAAGGUAAGGGUACCAAGAUUGAAAGGGGGCAAGAUGGGGGUUUUGGCAACUAGGGCACCGCAUCGGCCUAAUCCAAUUGGGCUCAGUGUAGCAAAGGUGGAGGUGGUGGAUGGGCAUGCUGUUUUGCUUUCUGGAGUAGAUUUGGUUGACGGCACGCCUGUUAUUGACAUUAAACCGUACCUGCCAUAUUCUGAUAGUGUUAAAGGUGCGGCUGUUCCCAAUUGGUUAGAGAUUGAUGGUGCAUUAGCUGUGGAGUCCAUCCAUUUUUCUGAACAAUUCAUAUCUGCGCUUCACAUCUGCUGGGUGCAUGCCCAAAAGCAGUCCCUCUAUGCUUCAGCAGAUGAAUUUCAGGAUCUCAUCAAGCAGGUCCUCUCUUGGGACAUCAGAUCGCUCUCCCAGCGGAUCCGCCCCCAUCAAGUAGACAUGGAAAGGGAAACCAACAGCCAUCGCAGCGAAGAAGCUGAUGAGGACCACGGGGACGGAGCGAGCUCCGGCGUCGUCUACCACCUCCAUCUCGAAGGCAUCGAUGUGUCAUACAGGAUAGAUCAAGGCUCCAACAUUGUCGUCGAGGAUGCCGCUCUUCUUACUGUUGUCAGGAACCAGAACCGGGACGGUUACCUGGCGUGGAGGGAUAAACUUGGCAGCAGCGGUUUGUAGCAUAGCCAUUCUUCCCUCUGUUUUCUCCUCCGCUUGUUGUAGGAUGUCGUGAUGCCGAUGAAUGCUAAUCUCUGAACUGAAUUUGGAAUGUAUAUUUCGCCUCCGAGCACACAGAAAGAAUCUCCAUCGGGUCGAAA